AUGACAAGAAAGAAGGUGAAACUUGCAUACAUUACAAAUGAUGCAUCAAGAAAAGCCACAUUCAAGAAAAGGAAAAAGGGUUUAUUGAAGAAGCUGGCUGAGCUUACCACUCUAUGUGGGAUUGAGGCAUGUGCCAUAAUCUUCAAUCCCUCCAAUUCACAACCUGACCUUUGGCCCUCCACUUUAGGCCUCCAAAAGGUUCUCUCUAAGUUCAAAAGUCUACCAGAGAUGGAGCAAUGCAAGAAGAUGGUCAACCAAGAGACCUUCCUUCGUGAUCGUAUCGCGAAAGCUGCUGACCAACUCAAGAAGCUACAAAGGGAGAAUCGUGAGAAGGAGAUCACUCGACUCAUGUUUCAAAGUCUCGUUGCUGGAGCAACCCCACCUCCAGAUCUCAAUGUCAUCGAUUUGAAUGACCUUGGUUGGCUAGUUGAUCAAAAAAUGGCUGAUAUUGGUAAGAGAAUGGAAUCACUUACAGUAAACCGAUCGUCGUCACAUGUGGCGACAAAUGAGCCGUCGUGGUUUAUGGAGAUGGUGAAUCAAGGAGGUAAUGAUGAAGAUCAUAUGGGAUUCAAUAUUGGGGAUGAUGUGAUUCAACUUCCUAGCUUUGGGGAGUAUGAUAAUCAUGGUACUUUUUGGUCAAAUAAUGUCAUUUUCCCUUGA